CAACAUGUCAGAGGAGCCGUCAGGUGUGACUGUCGUAAUAUUUAUUGGAUUUGGCGUAUUAACCUUCGUAUUACUCUUUAUUUUUGCAAAAAGGCAAAUCAUGCGAUUUGCUUUGAGGUCGAGGAGAGGGCCGCAUGUACCAAUUGGACAUGAUGCGAAAAAAUCCCUGAAACGAGAAGUGGAAAGGAGAAUCGAAGUUAUACCUAGAAUAUGUCACGAACCGCAGCUGAUAAGUGAUCCUAGAUACAUAGUCGCACCAGGUGGUCAGGUUCCACCACAUUACUAUAGACUAAAAGCUGUCGAUGAUGUAAAAAAUUUAGAGGCAGAAAUCACUAAGUACGACAACUGCAUGAAACGUCAUCCAACUGAAAAUUUGAGAGCAUAUCUUUUGAGAACUUUAGCUGCACCGUUAAAUGGCAGUGGGCAGAGACUCAUUCAUCAAUUUUGCGAUCUGUACGAACAUGCACGGCAUGACCCAACUGAAUUUAGCGACGAAGAGUAUCAAGUUUAUUCCAGGCUUGUUAUGAAACUUAUGGAUGCAGCUCGCUUGUUGAAGUCUUAUCCAAACAGUAGGAAAUCCAGCCCCAGUCGCACACCAAUAAAGAAGAAUGUUGAUACAAAAAGAAAUAUUUUAGAACCAAGAAUGCGUCCGUCCGAAGAUCAGAUUUUAUGUGGGUCCAGGCCACACACUUUGACAGUAAUGGCAUUAGACAAUAGUGAAACAUCCGUGUAGCAUUAUGGUUAUCGUCACAUACAACAUAUGUGACGAGCUUAUACCAUGGACUGCUUGAACAGCGGCUGUACUUGAAGUAUACAGAUUUUGAUGUACUUCUUGAGCUGCAGUUUUGUAUUUCAAUUUAUAUUUAUUUUUUUAUACACAACUAUCCAGUACUUCUUCAUGCGGAAUUAGUACCCACUGCUCUUUAAAACAAGGUGUAUUUUAUUUGUUAUCGGUAAGAAAAAUAUCUCUUUAUUUUAUCGGGAUCAUUGAGAUCAUUGUAAAUAACAUAUGGAUGCAAAUGGUGAUCAAAUCUAUCGGUUUCUUCAGUUGAGUAUUGAAUUCAUUUAUUCAUUUUAAUCGACGCACUGGUGUUCAAACUGAAAAUAAUGUAAAUAAUAAUGUAAGAAAAGCAUGAUUAUUGUAAGUAUAAAUGAUAGUCUCGACUUUACGGAUUUGUCAUUGCCAUCGUCGAAGUAAAAUUUUGUAAAUUCUGUUGUCAGAAUGAUUUGGAAUUAUAAUAAUCAAUAGGUGUACACGUGGUAUGGUAAAUGAUUGUAAACGAAUAGUUGUCAAAUUCUUCUGUCGACAUGACUCGUGAAGUGUGUAAAUUCAUAUCACAUUAGAAUUGAUGUCGAUCUGUAUAUUUCGACAGGUAAACUUAAUCUUUUGCUAUUGCACUUCCAAGUGACUAAAUAUACUCGUAGCAUCUUUGUUUGACCGUAUGUUCUCAUUCUACAUUCGAACAAAUCACAUGUCAUUGAUGUCAUAAAUUAAGGCUGAACAAUUAGUCGUAUGGAUGUAAUAAUGUACCAAAUUAAAACCUAUUUAAUAUUA